GAUCCUGACCAGUUUCAGUUUGGACGUACAAAGAUCUUUUUCCGUGCUGGCCAGGUGGCCUACUUGGAAAAAUUGCGGGCAGAUAAGUUCCGGGCUGCCACCAUCAUGAUACAGAAGACCGUGCGCGGCUGGAUGCAGAGAAGAAAAUACAGGAAAACCAGGGAGGCAGCUUUAAGUAUCCAGAGGUUCACCCGAGGAUAUUUGGCACGCAGAUUGGCGGAUCAUCUAAGGAAAACAAGAGCGGCCAUUAUUUUCCAGAAACAAUAUCGAAUGUUAAGGAUACGCCGGGCCUACCAAGCCAUCCGUCAAGCAGCUAUCACGAUCCAGUCCUUCACCCGAGGAAUGUUCGUUAGGAAGAACUAUCAAAAGAUACUUAUGGAGUACAAGGCCAUCGUCCUCCAGAAAUAUACUCGAGCUUGGCUGGCUCGGAAGAAUUUCACCAAGUUCAGAUGUGCGGCUGUGAUGAUCCAGUGCUAUUUCAGGCGCAUGAAAGCCAAGCAAGAGCUGAAAGCUCUGAAGAUCGAGGCCCGGUCAGCCGAGCACUUGAAGAGACUCAACAUUGGCAUGGAGAACAAAGUUGUGCAACUACAGAGAAAGAUAGAUGAACAGAACAAAGAACACAAGUCUCUCAGUGAGCAGCUCUCCACGGCAGCCUCUGCUCAUUACAUAGAGAUUGAAAAGCUGAAGAAGGAAUUUGAACGCCAUCAGCAGAAGAAGGGAGACAGGAACCAGCUUGUGAGCUUGCAGGAAGAAAUCGAUUCUCUCCGGUUGGCCCUGGAGAAGGCUCACGGGGAGCGGAAGAUUGUCGAAGACACGUAUGCCAAAGAGAAGCAGGUGCUCCAAAAGAGGAUAUCCGACUUAGAAGAAGAAAAUGUCCUUCUGAAGGAAGAAAAAGAGGCACUGAACAACAAGAUAUUGGGCCAGUCAGAAGGGAAUUUUAAUGGUGCAGCUAAGACUGGAGCCCCUGAGCAGAAGGUAAUUGAAACGAAGAAUGAAAUGGAUUUGGACCGAGAUACAGAUCUAGCAUACAACAGUCUGAAGAGGCAAGAGUUAGAAUCUGAGAACAAGAAACUGAAAAAUGACCUAAACGAACUCAGGAAGGCUGUGGUGGAUGGCGUAGUCCAAAACAAUUCUUCCAAUGACGUUCAUGACACCUACAACCUCCUCCUGAAUCAGCUCAAGUCCGCUAGCGAAGAGCUGGAAGUCCGGAAGGAAGAGGUGCUCAUUCUCAGGACCCAGAUUAUAAAAGCAGCCCAACAAAAAGACGCAGGCAGAAAUAUGGAAUCAAACCUCAAGACGCAGACCAGUUGGCCCAAUAGUGACAAGCAUGUGGAUCCAGAAGAUGCAAUUGAGGCCUACCAUGGAAUGUGUCAAACUAAUCGGCUCCUUGAGGCUCAACUCCAGGAACAGAGAAGGGAAUAUGAAGAAGAAAUAGAAACCCUAAAGGACCAGAUGGAGACCUUGAAGGAAGCGAUGGAGAAACAGCACGAAGUCUUCCUCCAGACACUCCAGUUGUCCCCAGAAGCCCAAGUGGAGUUUGGCAUCCAGCAGGAAAUCUCACGGCUGACCAGCGAAAACCUGCGGAUCAAGCCGUUACACAGUCUGAAAAGCGGAAACACGAAAUCAGCCGGCACGUCGCCGUCCAAAGGAAGGAAAAAGACUUCCAGGGGAUGUUAGAAUAUUGCGAAGAGGAUGAAUCUUCUCUCAUAAAAAAUCUCAUUACAGAUCUGAAGCCCCAAACAGUAUCUGCCACAGUUCCCUGCUUACCUGCCUACAUCCUUUUUAUGUGCAUCAGACACGCCGAUUACAUUAAUGAUGAUCAAAAAGUGCACUCGUUACUCACCUCCACUAUUAAUGGUGUUAAAAAAGUAUUAAAG